AUGUCAGCAAUCUUUGACGAUCCUGGUCCACAUGGAAUCGGUAGGCAUAUGGAUCACAUGUUGCCCGAAAUUCCCAAAGGAGAUUUUAGAAAAGGUUCACAGAAAUAUCUCUCUGUAUCCUUGCAAUGGUUCUCCAUGACGCGUCAGCAUGCUGUCAUGACUAUGGCAGACAGUCUAUACUACUCAAAGUUUCGUGACUACUGUGGGCUGAGUAUGACAUUACCGUCACAAUCACAUAUGCUUGACCUUGGUGGCAUUGCUAAUUGGACUCUUACAUAUGUUGAUUGGUCUGAGGGAAAGUGGCACCCAAGAACAUUCAUGCGUGAACAUGUCACACAUGAGUUACUUAAAAACCUCACGCCCAUCAACGCUGUUUCACGCGUAACAAGUGAAGGAACGGGAAUAGUAACAUGGACACAAUACAUGUGGAACGGAAUCAAAAGACCUUGCUAUCUCUUUGGAAGAAAGUUCCACGCAGAUACUCUGGAUAAACUGAUGGAUCUCUUUCCAAAAUACACGAGUGGUUUUGAUUGA